AUGGAAAAAGAGUAUAAAUGCUCUCCAGGCCUCUCAACAAAUGUUCAUACACAAUACAAGUUUUCUGAGAAUCUAGACAAUGCCAAUCAUGCAGAUGCUGUCGACUCAGGCGUAGAAAUCGGCGAUGUAGGUGUCGGAACAGGUUUGGGCAUUGGUGGUGUAUUAGGCGCAAAAGGAGGUUUGGGCAUCGGUGGUGUAUUAGGCGCAAAAGGAGGUUUGGGCAUUGGUAGUGGAAUAGGCGCAAAAGCAGGUUUGGGCAUUGGUGGUUUAGGCGCGAGAGCAGGACUAGCUGUUGAUGGUGCUGCGGCUGCUAGAAAUGUCAUCAAUUUCGCCCGUGGAGAUUAUCGAGGCAUAGCCGACCUUUUAAAAGUGAAACGAACAGCUGACGGUGGAAUCGGUGCUUCAAUAGGUGGUGGUGUAAUCAAAGGAGAAAUAAGCGGUGGUGGCGAAAGAUCAAGAACUGUGAAAAAGAAAGUAAUCGUAGAGCCAGAGGAAGAAGAUUCGGAGAAAACAGUGAAAGAGAAGAAAACUGUGAAGACAAGAACGAUUGAAGAGACUCCAUCCGAAGAUGAAUCUCCCACAGAAACACGAAAGAGAACAAUUAAGAAAACCAUUACUGACGAUGAUGGUCACAGUGAGAAGUAG